AUGCCACAAGGACAAUCGAGUGCUGAUGAUGCAGUGGGGCAGAAGAGAAAGGCCAAUGAGGACGUCGACCAAGCUACAGCUAAGAAGCCAAAGAGCCGCGAUGCUCUGACGCACAAUGACUACACUGUGGGCUGGAUUUGCGCGCUACCUAAAGAGCUUACUGCAUCUAUCGCGAUGUUGGACGAGAAACACCCAGGCUUAUCAAAGCCGCCCACAGAUAGCAAUGCAUACACUCUUGGCUCUAUUGCAGGCCAUAACAUUGUUAUGGCUUGUCUGCCUAAAGGUAUCACAGGGAAUGUUUCAGCAGCGACAGUUGCCCGGAACAUGGCAAACAAUUUCCCUUCCAUCAAGAUUAGCCUGAUGGUUGGUAUUGGGGGCGGCGUUCCAUCUAACAAAGUUCGACUUGGAGAUGUCGUGGUCAGCACGCCCACCAGCACUUUCGCAGGUGUUGUGAAGUGGGACUUCGGCAAGCAUCAUGAUAACAAGGAUGAUUUUGAACGCACCGGGGCACUUGAUCAUCCCCCCCAGUCGCUCCUCACAGCUCUGACACUCUUGGAAGCACAGCAGAAUCUCGAAGGCACUAAAAUCCCGACUUAUCUGGAAGAAGUGAAAAAGAAGUGGCCAACGCUUGCUUCGAAGUUCUUGAGAAACGAUACACUCAAAGAUGUGCUGUUCAAGGCGAGUUACAGUCACGUCAAAAAGUCGACCUUAGGUGGAGAAGCAGGAGGACAAGAAAGUGAAGACGAAGACGAAGACAAGGAGCAUGAGAGCUGCCACUUAUGUGACAAGUCGAUGACAGUAAAGAGACCUCCUAGGGACAUGGUCGUUCACUAUGGGCUUAUUGCAUCAGGCGAUGGGCUUAUCAAGGGUGCCACUGCCCGAAAUAAGCUUAAUAAGGACCUAGGAGGGCAUGUCCUCUGUAUCGAAAUGGAGGCAGCAGGGGUUAUGAAUCACUUCCCUUGCCUUGUUAUUCGAGGUAUCUGCGAUUAUGCAGAUUCCCAUAAGAACAAGGACUGGCAAGAGCAUGCAGCUAUUGUGGCCGCCGCGUUCGCAAAGGAACUUCUGCAACAUGUCCAGGCAGACGAUAUACAGAGGGAACGUCCAAUCAAGGAUAUAAUCCAAGAUGAUGAUCUUAGCAUUGGCUUGGCGUAUAUCUAUUGCAAUUUCCAACGAUAUGACCUUCAAAACCCAGACGAGCUAUUAUCAAUCCUCCUGAAACAGCUUAUCGCAAAGUUACCUUCGUUACCAGCUGAUAUCAACAGUCUGUAUGCUUCUCAUAAGGAGAGUGGAAAGCGCCCCGAAAGGCAAGACAUCUUCAAGGCGCUUCAAAAUGUUGUUGCACAGCAUUCCAAGGUGUAUCUUAUCGUCGAUGCCUUGGACGAAUACGGGCCAAGCGGAAGCUCACGCGAAAGCUUCCUCAGUCUUCUGCGUGAGCUCCAGCGAAGACAUAAGAUCAACGUGCUGAUGACAUCGCGGUUCGAUAUGAGGAUCAUCGCAGAGAUCGAUAGUAUCUUUGGAAACGUGAUAAAAUUGGAGAUUCUGGGAUCGACAGAAGACAUAGCACGGUAUGUCGAGCAAAAUUUGAGCAUCCUGCCCUCUGCCAUAAAGGGAAAUAGAAGCUUAAAGGACGACAUCAUAAAGAAAAUCUCACAGUCUGCGAAGGGAAUGUUUCUGUUAGCUCAGAUAUACUUAAAGCUACUGAGUUACAAGACGUCAGAGACUGAGAUGCGACGUCAGUUGAUGGCCUUCCAGAAGCAUGGAAAUGAAGACGGAAUAGCCGACGCAUUGACUAAAGCAUACAAAGAGACAAUGGACAGGAUCAACCAACAACAGCCAGAUCACAUUAUACUUGCCAAAAGGGUGCUUCUUUGGAUUGCACGUGCCAAGAGAGAACUGACUGUCCAAGAACUCCGACAUGCUCUCGCAAUGAGCUCAGUGCAGUGCGAACCUUGCGAAGCAGACUUGCCAUUCGACGAGACAUUGGUUACAGUGUGUGCCGGGCUCGUUGCUGUUGAUGAAGCCAAGAAAACUAUACAGCUAGUUCACUACACUGUGCAAGAAUACAUCAACCAAAGACCCUGCCAGUUGCUUCCUGUUACGGAACUAGAUAUUGCGCGAGCCUGUAUCGCCUAUCUCUCAUUUAGCUCGUUUCAAGGAGGCUACUACGCGAGGUGGGAUGGCAUGGAAGAUCGGCUGAAGCCGUACCCAUUUUACCAUUACGCAGCCAAGAAUUGGGGGCACCAUGCUCGUGAUUCAUCGAUCUCCGCCGACGAACUUAUAGAGCAUUUCAAUCCCGGAACACAACUCAUGAAAUCGGUCGGCGUGCUCCUGGUACAAGAAUCACCAAGACCGUAUCGGCGACCACCGAGGUUAACGUCGAGACUUCAUAUCGCGGCAUAUUUCGGACUUGAGAACAUCGUUCAGAAACUUCUUUUAACAUGCUCUCAAGCAGAUCUGACCGACGAUUACAACAGAACUCCACUAUCAUAUGCAGCUGAGCAGGGAUAUGAAACUGUCAUUGAAUUAUUGAUCGACAAUGGAGCUGAUAAAGAUUCUCAAGGUACUGACAAAUACGAACAUGAAGGAAGGACACCCUUAUCCUUUGCUGCAGAGAAAGGUCACGAGGCUGCCAUUCGGACAUUGAUCAACCAGAAGGCAUGCAUACACCUCACGUGUAAUACCAUACUCGGACAGGGAUGGACGCCACUUUCAUUCGCUACUCAAUGUGGGCAUAAGGCUGUAGUGACGCUAUUGCUAGAAUCGGGUGCUGAGUUGGAAUACGACAAUUCAGGGCGGACAGCGCUAUCGCAUGCAGCGGAAAAGGGACACAAGGAUAUUGCAAUACUCUUGCUGCAACGAGGAGCUGACCCUGAUCUUCGUAUGACUCGGCCUGAACAAUUUGGACGAACAGCGCUGUCAUUUGCUGCGGAAAAUGGGCACCAAGAAAUUGUCCGGUUGUUACUUAACGCGAGCACAAAUGAACUAGACUCUACCGAUCAAAAUGGGAUCAGCCCCUUGUCAUAUGCUUCAAAUGGAUGCCAUGAGUCUAUUGUCAGUCUGUUACUCGAGCAAGGGGUCAAUGCAAAUCCUCAACCACAUCCCAUAGAGGGGUAUCGGUGCUUCAGCUUUCAAGAUACACCUUUAUCAUGUGCUGCAUCAAACGGCCACGAUGCUAUUGUCCACCUACUAUUAGAAGGGGGUGCCAAUGUCGACUCUGGUGGAGAGAGAACGCCAUUGUCGUUUGCGGCGGAGAAAGGCCACGAGAGUACUGUGCAGCUAUUAUUGAAGUCUGACGCUACUGUUGAUUCUGGCCGCGAGAGGACGCCAUUAUCGUUUGCGGCACAGAACGGCCACAACUCUAUUGUCCGUUUGUUAUUAGAAAUGGGAGCUAAUGCCGACUCUAAAGCUACAGGAGGUCCCCUUGAGAGGGGCAGAACACCGUUAUCACUUGCAGCAGAAAAAGGACACAGUUCUCUUGUCCAGCUACUGUUGGAGGCGCAUGUCGAUUUCGAUUCCAAAGCCACAGCAAGCAAUCUUUACGAGGGGAGAACGCCAUUGUCGUUUGCAGCUGGAAAGGGUCACGAAGAUAUCGUGCGAGUUCUAUUGGAGAAAGGCGCUAACCCAAACUCUGGAGGUGUGGAUAGAGGCUCCCAUGUGAAAAGUCCGAUGUCAUUUGCAGCAGAGAGUGGCUAUGAGGCUAUUAUCGGGUUACUCGUCCGAUUCGGAGGUGAUCCAUGUAUUGGUGGUGGUGGUGCCACACCACUAUUACUAGCAUCACGUCAUGGGCACAAAAGCGCCGCAAAAGUGCUCAUUGAUACUGGGAGAGUCCAGAUAGACCUCCCAGAUGAUAUGAGACGCACGCCACUGUCCUACAUGGCACAAUGGGGCCAUGAGACACUGGUUCGGUUAUUACUCGACCAAGGAGCUGAACUAGAAUCGAGAGGUGCCCACCACGAGGUAUUCGAAAUAAAGGGUUCUGAAAGAAUAACACCGCUCUCAUUUGCUUCAGAACAUGGACACCCAUCUAUUGUUGAGCUUCUGCUACAGCGGGGGGCAACCGUGGACUCGAGAACAGGGUCUGAUGCCAGAGAAGGUAGUGGGAGGACUCCACUUUCUUAUGCGGCAAGUAAUGGGCACCUUGAUGUUGUCCGAAUGCUACUUCAUAAAUGGAAUGCCAAUCCCGAUGCUGCAGAUUGUAUUGGCCGCACACCUCUUUCAUAUGCUGCAGAAAAUGGGCACGCUGGCAUUGUGCAGGAGUUGAUCAAAGCAGGGGCCAAUCUGGAGACUAGGAAUUCCAGCACCUACCGGAGAGGGCAAACCCCGCUGCAUUUUGCGGCAGAAUCUGCAGAUUGUGAGACUGUUCGGGUAUUGGUUGAGAGCGGAGCCGAUGUCAACUCUGAAGGCGAUAGAGGACGAACACCAUUCUUUUGGCCAAGGCUGUUCAGAAACACUAAAAUGAUUGGAAUACUGCAGGGAAGCCACUGA